AUGUCCUGGCUUCUGGUCCUGCUGGUUUUUCUUGUCCACUGUACAGAUUCUGGCCCUCAACCCAUGCUGAAUCAACCACCAUCGGCAUCUUCAUCCCCUGGAGCCACAAUCCGCCUGGCCUGCACUCUGAGCAGUGACCAUGACAUCAGCCUUUAUAGUAUCUACUGGUACCAGCAGAGGCCCGGCCAAGCUCCUACAUUCUUGCUGAGAUAUUCCUCCCACCUAGACAAGCACCAGGAUGCCAAGAUUCCCUUGAGAUUCUCUGGAUCCAAAGAUGUGACUACAAACACAGGAUAUCUGAACAUCGCUGAGGUGCAGCCAGAAGACGAAGCUGUGUACUACUGUGCCAUAGGGGCCCAGAGCAUGGAGAAGGAGAGGCAUGAAGACACAGAUCCUGCUGCUUCAGGGGCCCAGACACCCCAAGAUAGGCUUCCCUUGAACUAAAGCAGGAGGGAUGCCCCUCCCCACUGAGAGGCGAGUGUGGGCAAGCAGGAGGGUGGGGUCAGUAAGCAUGGCUGUGGGUCCUGGCCCAGGCCAGACUCAGGGAUUAAAGCUGUUUGUGUCUUGAAAAGCUGUAUUAUUUUUUAUUUAUUUUUUAUUUAAGA